AUGGCCCCGAAGCGAGGUGGCAGGGCGCCGGUGCCGGCCAAGAAGAAGACGGAUAAAGUUGUGAACCCUCUGUUCGAGAAGAGGCCGAAGCAGUUCGGCAUCGGCGGAGCGUUGCCGCCCAAGAAGGACCUGCACCGGUUCGUCAAGUGGCCCAAGGUCGUGCGCAUCCAGCGCCAGCGCCGCAUCCUCAAGCAGCGCCUCAAGGUUCCACCGGCGCUCAACCAGUUCACCCGCACCCUCGACAAGAACCUCGCUACCAACCUGUUCAAGAUGCUUCUCAAGUACCGGCCUGAAGACAAGGCUGCCAAGAAGGAGAGGCUUCUGAAGAGGGCUCAGGCUGAGAAUGAAGGAAAAACUGUUGAGGCCAAGAAACCAAUUGUUGUUAAGUAUGGCCUUAACCAUGUGACUUACCUCAUUGAGCAGAACAAGGCUCAGCUUGUUGUCAUCGCUCAUGAUGUGGAUCCGAUUGAACUUGUUGUGUGGCUUCCAGCCCUGUGCAGGAAGAUGGAGGUCCCUUACUGCAUUGUUAAAGGAAAGGCUCGCCUUGGAUCGAUUGUUCACAAGAAGACUGCAUCAGUCUUGUGUCUGACCACUGUUAAGAACGAGGACAAGCUUGAGUUCAGCAAGAUCUUGGAGGCUAUUAAGGCAAACUUCAACGACAAGUUUGAUGAGGUCAGGAAGAAGUGGGGAGGUGGCAUCAUGGGCUCCAAGUCGCAGGCCAAGACCAAGGCCAGGGAAAAGCUGCUCGCCAAGGAGGCUGCGCAGCGGAUGACCUAG